CUUCUCAGCCACGGUUUACCUCUCUCGCUAGCAGUUCCGUCAUCGCUCGCAAGAUGCAUAUCCAAUCGAUUCCUAUGUGGGUGGGGAGGAGCGACAACUACGCUUACCUCGUAGUUGACGACAAAUCCAAGGACGCCGUCAUCAUUGACCCCGCCCAUCCAGCCGAGGUCGCGCCGGUGCUGAAGAAAGCGAUCCAGAACGGUUCGAUCAAUCUCAAAGCCAUCGUCAAUACCCAUCAUCAUUGGGAUCAUGCCGGUGGAAACGAGGAGCUGAUUUCAGAGCUUGGGCAGCCCCUCGAGAUCAUCGGGGGAAAAGACUGCAAAAAGGUGUCAAGGACGCCAAAGCACGGCGAGACGUUUAACAUUGGCAGCAUCGCAGUCAAGGCGCUCCACACGCCCUGCCACACCCAGGACAGCAUUUGCUGGUUCAUGCAGGAUGGCGACGACAAGGUUGUGUUUACAGGAGAUACUCUCUUCCACGGAGGCUGCGGCAAGUUCUUCGAGGGCACGGGCGAGGAGAUGCACAAGGCGCUGAACGAGACUCUGGGCUCGCUCCCCGACGAUACCCGGGUCUUUCCCGGCCACGAGUACACCGCGGCCAACGCCAAGUUUGGCCUCUCGGUCCUCCCAAGCGGGCCGCUCAAGGCCCUGGAGGCUUUUGCCAAGGCCAACAAGGAGACCCAGGGCAAGUUCACUAUUGGCGACGAGAAGCAGCACAACGUGUUUAUGCGACCUCAGGACCCCGAAAUCCAAAAGGCCACGGGCGAGACCGAUCCGGUUGCCAUCAUGACCAAGCUGCGCGAGAUGAAGAACAACUUCAAGUGAGUAGUCGGCUGUCCCGGGGGCUGGUCAGGAAGCAUCCGAGUCGCUGGGGAACAAGUUGAUCUCACCCUUGACGACGAUCAGAGAGGCGGUCGUGCAGAAGCCCAACUUGUGAAAAGCAGACUACACCAUGACCUGUUGGGGGGACUUCAGAUGCAGGAAAAGCUAUGUUUUGCGAGUUUAAUGUCUUUACUCUCUCAUACCAUCAAGAACCGAGAGGAUCGAGACGCAGUGAACUGGCGGACGCGUCUUACGGAGACACGGGGUUUUCGAUAUUGCUUCACCGUCCACACUUGCGCGCCCUGGGAUUGUUCGAAGCGGCAAGCUCUAGCAUUAUAUGAAGCGUUCGGAGGUCGCUGGGCAGUCGAGGUACAUUACCCCAAGAGACGCACAUAUGCCACAGACUCGGGGCACCGGCACCAACCUACCUUUGAAGCCUCGCUUUCCUGCCUUCCGAAAACACAACGCCCACACAAACAGUAGAGCGGAGAGAAAGAGAUGAGGAAAGGAAGCGGGCCGCAUGUGGUGAGCAUGCAAAGUGGUACCGGGCCGUCGCAAGGCGUUGCCAAAUUUCGUGACGGAACAAAAAGAAAUUUUGGGCAGUGCAGCAGCGGUAUUUAAGCAAAAUCGUCACGUGCCCUGGCGCUCACUUGGCGAGGCGCCCC